AUGAGGGGUAAAAGCAAAAUAUUCCUCAGAUCACUGGAUUAUUUGUCCAAAUGGAAGCUACCGUUAAAGAAUUCAGUGAAUAGUAUCACAAUUUCCUAUAAUACACACGGAGGUAUAAGCAAAGGUUUGAGGGAAUUUGUAAAAUAUAAACUGCCGCAACUACAAUACAACAAUCCUAAAGUCCAAAUGUUAAAAUUUAAAAAUCGCGCACCCGUGCCGAACAUAACCCUAUUCCAUGACGAUGGAAGGAAAUGGACUAUUGAUGCUGAAAAAACUUCUAUGCAAGAACUGGUCAUGCAACUUGAGUCUGUAGCUAAAAAGGACAGCAAAACUUUAUUGCUUGAAGAACAGGCCAGAGCUAGCCAGCAUAACCGUGCAAACUUUGGAGAUGCUCGACAAGGCCAUUUCUGUAUGUGCGAAAUUCCAGGUCAGGUGUCUUGUCCAGCAAAAAGGCUAUUAUCGGAGAAAUUUAGAAAGAAACCGUGGAUGCAGAAAGGACAAUAG